AUGGUGAGAGUUCUGUCUUUUAAGGACUCUGCCAGACUUGGUAAAGAGGAGAAGCCUAGAUAUCUGGGACCAGUGAAAUUCGAGGGUGUGGUUGUGAUUUUCACUGAGGCAGAGUGGAAGAGACUGAGCCUUGAGCAGAGGAACCUAUACAAAGAAGUGAUGCUGGAGAAUUUCAGGAAUCUAGUCCUGUUGGAUUCAAAGCCAGGAGUCCAUCCCUGGCCCCUUUGCCCCUGCCCUCUGGCCUUUGACGGUCAGCAAUUUCUCAGCCACCAUGAGCUCUGCAGUCAUCUUAUUCCAUAUUCAUGUGCAGGAAAUCAACUCCAACCAGGGGAUCCUUGCCCAAAUGACCACCAGCAGCGGCAGCAACAACAUUCUGAUAAAAACCACUGGGGUGCCAAAGCAGAAGAUCAAGGAAUGGGAUCUACGCCUUUGUUUUGGAGCACAAAUGAGAAGGGGACUUAAGUGGUUUUCUCUAGCCCACCCCAGGGACCACCAGUAAGCUCUCAGGGAGGCAACAAAGUGUUGAAGGUACAGCUCAGUCCAGCCCAGAGGGUAAGCUCUGGGGAAGCAGACAACAUUCCUGAGAGGGUAGAACUCUCAGGAUUUGGAGCAGUCAGGUAGAGGUGUGGACUAGGUUUUAGCCAGAAGUCAAACCUCUUCAGACACAGGCUGUCACGAGCGGAGAUAUCUCCUGUGCAGAAAGUGUGGGUGAAGCUUUAGCAGGAAGUCACAUCUCAACAGACAUCAGAGGACACACAGGGGAAAAGCCUUAUAUAUGUGGGGAGUUGUGGUCAAGGCUUUAUAGAUAAGUCACCCCUCUACAACCACCAGAGUACACACUCAGGUGAGAAGCUUUAUGUAUGCAGGGAAGUGUGGGCAAGCUUUUAGCCACAAGUCACACACACACAAGGGAGAAGCCCUUUGCAUGAUGUGUGGGCGAGGCAUUAGUGAAAAGUCAGACCUCAUUAAGCACCAGAGGAUUCACACAGGGGAUAAGCCUUAUGUGUGCAGGAACUGUAGCCAAGGCUUUAGGGUGAAAUCACACCUCAUCACACACCACAGGACAUGUUCAGAUGAGAAGCCUUUUGUUUGCAGGGAGUGUGGGUGGGGUUUUAGCCACAAGAUAAUCCUAAACGCACACCAGAGGACACCCAUAGGAGAGAAGCCUUACAAGUUGCAGGGUAUGUGGGCGAGACUUCAGCCACAAGUCAGCUCUCAGCACGCAUCAGAGGGUGCACUCAGGGGAAAAGUCUUAUGUGUGCAGGGAAUGUGGGCAAGGCUUUAGCCAUAAGUCAGCCCUCAUCA